CGGACAUGGCUUGUUACGCGCCAAGAACGCGUGGAGCAGCGUCUCGGCUUCUCUCUCUGCCGCCCUUCCCCGGCCGUGCCUGCUACUACUCGUCCCCGACCUCGUCCCUUCCUAGCUGCCCCCCAACUCUCCCCCUCCACCCCCUCGGCCCUCCCGCCGCUGCACCUCCCCCUUACCCGCACCAGUCAUGGCUGCGCUCAACUGUCUCCGCUACGCACUCCGCGCCUUCCAAACCCGCCCCGUUUGCGCCUUACGCCCUAUCCGUCCUAUCCGCCCCUUCCGUUCCCCAGCCCGCUCCGCGCUUCUCCAACAGUGACCCCGCGCCUGCCCCUUCCUCCGCCACCUAUUCCUCUCCCCUUGGCGCACCAUUUCCCGCAGUUUCUCCGCCCCCGCCGCUCUCUUCCGCCGUCUUCCCAUCCGCCGCAACACGUGUAAAUUCCGCCACGUGGCACCUCCAGAAUUCGCCAGAGCAUCUCCGUCCACAUGUUCCCCGGGAAUUCAGCAGCAGCGCGGAGAGCAACGGUGGCGGAAGUGGCGCAGCGGAAGUUCCCCCGGACGGAGAUGGCGCAGGGGAGACUCCUCCUGGGGGAGGCAUAUUUCACAACAUUCGGGUUGAAAUUGUGGCGGACGGGCAGGUUGGGUUAAUUACCCUGGCCAGGCCGAAAGCGCUGAACGCCCUCUCCCAGGCGGUUAUGGGGGAGGUGGUAUCUGCGUUAAAGUGGAUGGACAAGGAGGAAGCGGUGGGGGCGACAGUGAUAACAGGCGAGGGCCGGGCGUUUGCAGCAGGAGCGGACAUAGCGGAGAUGGCGCCGCUGUCCUUCGCUACUGCGUUCAAGGGCGACCUGCUGGGGGCGUGGGACGACGUGAGGCGCAUCAAGAAGCCAGUGAUUGCCGCUGUCAAUGGCUACGCACUGGGCGGCGGGUGUGAGCUGGCGAUGAUGUGCGACAUCAUCCUGGCCGGCGAGAAAGCUGUUUUCGGGCAGCCCGAGGUGAAGCUGGGGGUGAUUCCGGGGAUGGGCGGCACGCAGCGGCUGACUCGGGCGGUGGGCAAGGCGCGUGCCAUGGAGAUGGUUCUCACAGGGGAGUUUUUCAUGGAUGCGAAUGAGGCGGUGCAGGCUGGGCUUGUGAGCCGUGUGAUCUCAGGCCCGCCAGAGGACCUGGUCAAGGCAGCCAUAGAGAUGGGUACCAAGAUCGCCUCCCUAUCGCAGCCAGCAGUGGCGAUGGCAAAGCAGAGUGUCAACGCUGCGUUCAGUGGGUGUCUCGCUGAGGGAUUGGCGCUGGAGCGGGCCAAUUUCCUCUCCACAUUCGCUCUGGCGGACCAGCAGGAAGGGAUGGGUGCUUUCUUGGAGAAACGGGAGGCCGGGUUCACACACGGGUGAGGCGGAUUGACAGUCCAUGCCUCGAUGAAGGGCUUGCUCUUGAGUCAACUCAAAAGUCGCAUUGAUGAAGGGCUUGCUCUAGAGCGAGUGAGCUUUCUGUUUCCCUCGUGUGUGCGUGGGAGAGGUACUGUUGGGCCAUGCCUCAUGGGACGACCCAUAUGUACAUAUUGUACAGUCUCUGCAGUUGUUUGCAAUACAAGGUUCGCCAUGAUGAAUGAAGUAUGCUAGCUCCUACAAAACUGUUGCAUGCAUGGUACCUUGCAUGCACUGUAGGUGGUGGUGGAAACAUGCGACGCGAGUACUUAUUGGUGGAAUAGAUAUAGGUGUCAUCCUGCGCUCUUUCUUUGGUGAAAUUGUUCUCUACUUCAUAACAUUUAUA